AUGUAAUUUCCUAAAACUCAUCUUAAUGAUUUUAUCUCAUCAGAUUAUGACAGAACAAGUGAAAUAGAUGAUUACACGCUCUUUAACAAUGUAUGCUACAAGUCAUCUCAGGCAUAAGUUCCUACUGAGAUAUAAAUUCAAAUAAGAAAUUCAGAUUAAUGUUAAUCCCAAGAAUAAUGCCUUUAAGCUACUAGAGAUAGUAUUAAUACAAAAUCUAUUCUUUAGUACUCGAUUAAUUGAACCACAUCAUCAAGAUACUCAAAACUGUAAAGUGCGAAUCUGAAACCAAAUAUAGGAUAUUCAACAAUGCAAACAGACAUUUUUUUAUUCUCUUGAAAGGAUUAUAGAUUGUAGACGAACUCUUGUCAAACUGCAAAGAACAAGAAAGCAAGAUACUCUUAGAAUUAAAACAAAGUAUUGUUUCCUUUCACCUAGAUUAUUUAUAGGAGAGAUCAAUUAAAGCACUAAAAGCAGAUGAUGUCAAUAUAAGAAUGUUGCAGGUUCCCUACCAUUACCUGUAGACAGAGUUCUUGCCUAAGAUGCAAUAACAAUUAAAAUUGCAUGAAUAACAUAUGUUUGCUUCUCAAAGCUUAACUGAUGAAAUCAAGGUUUUUGGGACAGAAAUUCUAAUGCUUAAUUUAAUUAUGCCUUCUGCAAUAGAUACAGACAAAAAUGACAUUAUGUCUUUAAGUAGUACUCAUCCAGUUUGGAAGAAACUAGAAUGCAUCACUACCAGAAAAGUAUAAUUUAUAUAUAUAGCAUAAAGUCUUUAGGUGAUCCAGAAUAAAUCAGAUAAUCAUUUGAUAAAUUUGUAUAAUCAGUAAUGGUUGGUCAUGCCCUUGUAAAUGAUUGCAAGAAGACUACAAGCAAAUGGGGUAAAAUAUUUUCAGUAAGUUUAAAUUCAAUGUACUAUUUCUUAUCAAGAUCAGCAGCAGAAAAGGGAAUGAAAGAUCAUAUGAGUUAAUUAAAAGCUGAUACUGCAUAUUAGGCUAUGAAUUUUAUUGAAUUACCUGGAGUCAAGCAUUUAAUCAAUUUGGGAUUGCCCAAAAUUUCUACAAACAUAAAAUUCUAUAUAUUGCCAGUUGUUCUACCACUCACAAUUUAAGAAGCAAAUAGUUAAAUUAGAUAAGGAAUCUAUGAUCAAAUUUCCAAUCAGCCAAUUGAAUAUGUGAACUAAGAAAUACACAGAGAUGACAAAUUCUUAUUUAUCAAAAAUAAAGCCAGAAUUCGAAUCAGGUUAUUGUACAACCAACAUGUAGUGGAACAGGAUAAUAUAUUUAGUUUCUUGAAAUCAUUUUUCGUUAAACAAAACAACACUAUUGAAGAUAAGAUCAUCAUACAUAUUCAUGGAGGAGGUUUUAUCUCCCAAUCUUCAUCAAGUCAUUAAUGCUAUACAAGAGAAUGGUCAAUCAAUUUAAACGUCCCAAUCUUUUCGAUUGAUUAUAGUUUAGCUCCAAAAUACCCUUAUCCAAUACCUCUUGAUGAUUGUUGGCAAGCUUAUAAUUGGAUAUUAAACUAUUCUGAAAAAACAUUUGGAAUAGUUCCCAAUAAAAUAAUUGUUACAGGCGAUAGUGCUGGUGGUAAUUUGGCAACGGCUUUGGUUGGCUUAACUAUUAAAUAUAAAUUACAAAUCCCAAAUGGGUUGAUAUUGAAUUAUCCUGCUGUUGAUAUAAGAUUCUAGUACACUCCUAGUUAUUUGAAGUCAAUCAAUGAUAAAAUUCUUAGUCAUACUAUUUUAGGAAUUUGUAUUGAAUCCUAUUCAGCACAUCCAGAUUCUCAAUUGGGAAUUGAUCCGUUUAUGAGUCCUUUACUAUUAUCAUAUGAUAUUUUAAAAUAGUUUCCACCAACAAGAUUGUUUUGUGGAGAUUAAGAUCCGUUAUAUGAUUAAGUUUUUAGAUUGGCUUAAAGAUUACAGUAUUUAUUUAAUUUAUGAUCUAGAGUUGUGCAGAGAGAUGUAAAAAUAACUACAUAUGAAAACUUAUCUCAUGGUUAUUUGAAUUAUAAUACUAUAAAGGGAAUGUCGGAGAUUAAAUAGUGUAUUUUAGAUAAUUAGGAUGCAUUUUUUGAAUUAUUAAAUUGAAUUCUAUGUGUUUACAAUAAGU